AUGAGCAGUACGAAAAAGUUAGUGGUUAUUAUGCGUGGAGCAUAUGUCAAUUGCAAGGACAAAUGGGCCCAACUUGCCGAAAAACACAAUGUUGAGCUUGUCCCCUUUGAGGGCACGUCCUCUGAUGAGUUCUACCAGCUUUUCGCCAAAAAGAACGUUGUGGCCGUUGGCCACACUGUGCCGGGCGCUAAACGCCUCAAGGGAUACGACAUGGACCGUUUUCGCAAGUCCGUUGAUGGUCUGGAGGUGAUGGCACACAUGGGUGCAGGCUACGACACCCUGCCGGAUCCCCACGUUCUGAAGGAGAUGGGCAUCGUGGCAUCGAAUGCCCCCAAUUCAGUCAUGGAGGCCACGGCCAACACUGCGCUGUACCUCACUAUUGGCGCCAUGCGCAAUUUCAAUGCCCUUGCCGCUGCUCUCCGCCGAGGUGAGUGGUUUGGAGAUGUUCCGCUCGCUAUUGAGCCAGAGGGACGGACCCUGGGUAUUAUCGGGUUAGGGGGAAUCGGAGCAGUUGCCCGGGACAAAAUGCAGAGCGCUCUGAGCCUCGGAAAAGUCCAGUACUACAACCGUCGCCGUGCGGAACCCGCGGUGGAAAAGGAGUCUGAGUACGUUGACUUUGAUACAUUGCUGAGGACAUCGGACAUUAUUUUCCUGAGCAUUCCGUUGAACAACUCGACCCACCACCUCCUCAAUGCCGAAGCGUUCGCCAAAAUGAAGGAUGGCGUGGUAAUCAUUAACACCGCCCGAGGCCCUGUCAUUGAUGAGCAGGCGCUGGUUGACGCACUUGCAUCAGGUAAGGUUUUGUCGGCAGGGCUUGAUGUAUACGAACACGAGCCCAAGGUGCACACGGAACUGGUCAAAAACGAGAAUGUGCUGCUUUUGCCCCACUCGGGAACUCACUGCAUUGAUGCUCGCACCAAAAUGGAGGCAGAGGUCAUUGAGAAUAUUGACGCGUACCUUUCCACAGGUAAGGUUGUCAGCCCUAUCUCCGAGCACGUUUAG